AGAACACAAGAAGUAUAAGAGCAGCUGUCUUCCUUAGUUCUAUCAGUACAACGCCAAAACAAACAACACCAUGUCCACUACCACCACCAUCUUGGUCACAGGCGCGACUGGCACCCAAGGCCGAGGCACCAUCCGCGAGCUACUCAAGCUCGGCCAUGUUGCCGUGCGUGCUUUGGUGCGCGACGACACCAAGCCCGCCGCUGCCGAGCUGCGCGAGUCCGGCGUUGAACUCGCUGUUGGCCAUUUUGACGACCCUACCGCACUCUCACUCGCGCUGCGUGGCGUCGACGCCGUCUUCAUCAACGUCUCGCCGCUUUUCAAUGACCUCGACGCCGAAGCCCGGCAUGGCAAAAACCUUGUCGAUGCGGCCGUUGCUUCCGGCUCGGUGCACACGGUUGUCUACUCCAGCGUCCUCCUGACCGGCCAGCAUGAGAAAAACCCCCGCUGGCACCAUCUUGCGAACGAGGGAACGCGCGCCUACUGGCUCAACAAGGCCCGCGUUGAGCAAGCCGUCCGCUCCUCGUCCAUCAGGCACCGCAUCAUCCUGCGCCCAGCCCACUUCAUGACCAACUACGUCGGCUCCUUAGGCGGCAUGAUAUUCCCCGAACUGUUUUCGCAAGGCGUCCUUCGCGCCGCCUCGACUCCUACUACGCCUACUAUGCUUAUCAGCCCGGACGAUAUUGCCAAGUUUGCCGCCGCCGCCCUCACCCAGCCCGAAGUCUAUAACGGCCAAGAGAUCGAUUUAGGUGUCGAGAACCUAACGAACGAGGAGAUCGCCGCGGCGCUGUCGAGGGCCACGGGUAGGCAGAUCCAGACGCAGUAUAUUGCGCCGGACAAGGCCGAGGAGCUAGCCAAGACGAACCCAAUAAUCAGCUCCCAGCUCUUCUUCAACGAGCGUAGUUCAGGCGUCGACGUGGCCGCCCUCCGUUUCAAAUACGGUAUUCCGUUGCAGACGUUUUCCGAGUUCCUCGACGCGCACAAGGACGAUGUGAAGGCUUCUUUUGGUUAGAUACAGCAGGCAUUACCAAUACCAUGC